GGUGUUUGUCGACUCUUUAGGUCCAGUACUUCUCAAAUGUUUGAUUUGUCUCUUCAUCUAUUACUCCCACUGUUAGAAGCCAGUAUUUUUGAAGUGGCUACACUUGUGCCAGGGCAAAGGUGGUUGAAUAACCUGCUGCACAGUAAAAAAUGCCAUUCCUUUAACAUUGAGGAAUGUCUCCAGCGUAUCUCCUCAGUUUCAUCACAGAGGACAUCAGGGUUCGAGUGAGGACGGUUGAGUGACCAGUAGAUGCUUACUGUUUUAUUUAAUGUUGGCUGAAAGAUUUAUUGGCUUUGCACAUUACAAAAGUGUCAAGAAAUGGCAUCCUGGUAAGGCUCGAGCUAAUAAAAAUCAGAGUGUGUGAAAGUGAGACGAGCUAAGAAAGAACAAGAGUGGGAGAAAGUUAUGACUUCUCGCUCCCUCUCUUAUUUCUGCUCCGUGGCUCUUCUUUUGUGCUGGAGAAAGAAGGUGAGGGGAGAGAGAGAGAAAAAAAGGAGUCUGCCAGGAAAGUUUAUAAUGCUCUAAAACCUGUCAGGCACUGGCUGUUAUUUAUAAAGCCUGUAAAUUUACUGGUUAAUGUGUCAAUGGUCCUUUCCACACACCCGCCCCCUCUUAUAGCACAGAGCAGGAAAUUAUGGAGAGAGAGAGGGUCAGUUUAAGAUUGUACCUCAACCAGCCUUGACUACUGUCACCUACUCUGUCUCACACACACACAUUGCGUCACACUUCAAUCCUGUGUCUGUCAUUUACUCACAUUUUGCAUGAACUGACACACUCCUGUUGUAAUUGCUCUUUAGAUCUUGACUUGGUAAUCCACAGGUGCAUGAGCUUUGAGGUGCUAUUUUAGAUCUCUGUAAUCUACACGGGGAGCCUCCCUUAAGAUCUAACUUAUCCGUCUAUGAGAGCAUACUUGUGCGAUUCUAUAGUCAAGGCUCUUGUAAUCUAAUCCCAAUCUGAGACAUUAACGUUUUAGUGCGAGAUACUACUUAUAGAAAUGUCAGAUUUUCUAAUGCUACCGUACACCGAUACGGAGCCCUAAAAGUGCCAGCUAGCAAAAAAGAGAUUUAUGGUAUAAAUUACCGCCAGUAAAGCACAUGGUAGUGAAACUGAUGGGGAAAAUCCCUUGAAAUUAUAUAAGAGCAUGUUUUUAAUUUAAUGUAGUAGUAUUAACAUUUUGGUGACCUUACCAAUAGAUUUUUUUAAGUAUUUGCUGUCAAAUAGAACUGAUAAAUCAGCUGGUGCCAGGAAUUGGAUGGUUUCAAGCUUCACUUGUUGGUUGGAGUUUCCUGAUCACCAAACACACUGUACAUAGGCACGACCAAGACGCUGAAAUGAAGGAAAAGAAAUGAGGAAAAAAUGGUUAAUCAUAACUGAUAUUGUCAUUGCAGUAUGGAGCAAUAGUACUGUAAUCAUAAAAGUAAAGUCAGAGGAAACACAGAGAGAUUUAAUCAAGAGUUGUAGGCUAGUCACUGUGACAUGUUGAGACACGUCUGCAGACAAAGGAAGACGUUUUUACUGCUGUUUAUACAGUAAAGAAAUCCGAAUUGGCUAAAAUCAGUAUUAACGGGCCUGAGCUUUACAAAAAUAGCAGAUGGAGGGAAAAAAAAGCUACACCUCCCAAAUAAUGGUUUAUUACCCCCUUAUUUAGGACAUUUAGUGGAUGACAAAUGUUAAUACCAUAGUCUCAAUGGAGAGGAUUUCAGGGCCUUUCCUGCUUUUCUGACAAAUCUUUUUUAGCUUAAAAUCGUAGCAAGGGAAGUUGCCCUAUAUGGUUCCUUGUCCAUGUGUACUUGUAAAUCAUGCAACAACUUUCUAAUAAAAAACACAUUAUUUUAGAGAUUUUGAAGGGGAAAACAUCUUGUUUGGUCAUUUAGAUGCACAUUAAAUGUUUAAGAUUUUUAUCAGCUUUUUUUCUACAGCUGGCACUCGCUGGGUUUCAUACAUUUUGUGAAACGUUCUGUAGAAACAUUAGACAUAACUGCAAAGUUAUUAUCCCCCAUGACAUUAAGAGGAAAAGGAAAAAAAGUGUGCAAAAUCAGGUAAACCACAUGUAACUACAAGCACCUCAGCGUAGCAGCUGGCGAAAGCUUAAUUUCAAACAUGUUUAUGUUGUAUCUGCAUUAGUCACGUUUUAGUGGGAUAAACAAAAGGAACAAGAUCAGAUGAGUCCACUUCUGACAAGGAGAGGAGAAAAGAGAUGCAUCCUUUGAUUACUGAGAAGCCCUAAUGGGCCCUUAUAUGGCUGCUCAUUAAAAAAGUUUACAGGGCCGAUCCCAGUAUUAAAUCCGGUAUAAGUGGCUGUGAAGAUUGUCAGGUUGUCAGCUGUCAGGGCAGGAAAAUAAACAAAGACAAUUUACUGAACAUCUGUGGGUCUACACUCCCUGACCUAAGUAGAAACAGGACGCUGGGGUUCCUCCUGCCAGGGGAGGAUUUAGGUGUGUGAUGACGCACGCAGGCAGGCAGCAUGUAGCAGCAGCUCCAGCAUGGUGCAGUGUGGAGCGGCAUGCCCAGCUUGUUGUUUUGGCCUGCUUGUCCCUCACAGGCAGGUGCUGCCAACGUACGAUAGCCUGGACGAGCCGUCCGUCAAACGCAUGAGCACCAUCUUCACCUCCGCCCUCAACGUGGUCACCGUCUUCUACAUCACUGUGGGCUUCUUCGGUUACGUCAGCUUCACGGAGAACAUCGCUGGCAAUGUGCUGAUGAACUUUCCGUCCAACCUGGUGACAGAGAUGAUCCGUGUGGGCUUCAUGAUGUCUGUGGCCGUGGGGUUUCCCAUGAUGAUCCUGCCCUGCCGCCAGGCCAUCAACACCAUGCUUUUUGAGCAGCAGCAGAAAGAUGGGACGUUUGCUGCCGGAGGUUACAUGCCCCCUCUGCGCUUCAAGAUUAUCACCCUCUGCAUUGUUUUUGGCACCAUGCUGGGAGGCAUUCUCAUCCCUAAUGUGGAAACCAUCCUGGGUCUGACGGGCGCCACCAUGGGGAGCCUCAUAUGCUUCAUCUGUCCUGCUCUCAUCUACAGAAAGAUUCAGAAGAAUGGCUUCAUUUCUCAGCUGGUUCUGUGUGUCGGACUGGGAAUCCUCCUGGUCAGCACCAUCACCACGCUGUCGGUGACGAGCAGCAGCCCCGGCUACAAAGUCCCAGCUCCUCCUCCCCCGGCACCCAACAAGAAUAUCCAGCCUCUGCCAAACCUCCCUGACCCGCACGAUGACUCUGCGGUCAAGAAACCGGUGGAAAUGGAGAAGCCAGAUCCUCCAGACGGAAAUGUGGAGCAACCUGGAGAGAGAGAUGCUGAGCCCCCCCAGAUCAAAGGACCAGCUGAGAGGAAGGAGGUGGAAGAGGUGCAGCUGGACCGCCCUGACGCCGCCGCGCCAGAGGGGGAAGCCCAUCGUCACGAGCCGCCCAUCCCUGAAGACGAAGUGAGGGUAGACUUGAGGAAGAACGACGUAAAACCGGAAGAGGAAAAGAAGCAAGCUGACCCCCCCGAAGAAGGCGUCAAAGAGAAACCACAAAAGGACGAGUUGGGGCCCGCUCUGAAGGCAGAUGACGGGAAAGACGAAAACGCUGAAGAGAAACAUGCAGAUGCUGCUGGGGGCAAGGACGGAAAAGUGGGAGGCCACGUUGUGUCCAAUGAGGUGCUGGAGAAGCCUGCUGGACAGCUAGAAAAACGGGACUCAGCUCCUCUGAAGGAGGUGGAAAAACCUGUCAAAGAUGCUCUGAAUGGAAAUGCAGCUAUGGCAGCCAAUCAGGCAGCAGCAGCACAAGAUAAAGGAGCUGCCAACCAAGCAAAUGCAGCAGAAAAGGCUGCAGUUCCUGAAGAAAAGCACCAUCCUCCUGCAGACGGUGCCGCAGACGGCCAUGCUGCCGCAGACGGAGCUGCAGCUGCAGACAGCCUCGCGGCUGCAGACAGCAAAAAUACAGCAGACGAGAAGAUGGAGGUGAUAAAAAAGCUGGUUGCAGAGGGCCAGCUGGACCACGCGGUGCUGCUGCAGGUGAUCAAGGAGCAGCAGGAGCAACAAAAGAGACUUCUUGACCAGCAGGAGAAACUACUGGCUGUCAUAGAGGAGCAGCACAAGGAAAUCCACCAGAAACAGCCCGGCGGAGCUCCAGAUGUUGAGGCAGAGAAAGGUACCCAGGAAGAAGGAGCGGCGAAAGCUAAAGAUGCCGGCGUGGCGUCAGACCUGAAGGCAGCGGGAGAUGGAGAGGAGGCUGCCAGGGGGGACCGGAAGCCUGAUCCUGCUGGGGAUGCAGGAGCUGAGGUGGAGGUUGCUAAAAGGGCUGCGGUGGCGGCUUACAAGGAAGAUGGUAAAGUUGCACCAGGGGGAGAGUCUCAGCAGCAGAGGGAGCUGGGAGCCAGGGGAGUUUGGCUAGGAAAGGGCGAGUCUCAAAAUGAUCAGGCCUCUCAGGUUAGAGAUGAAGAAAAACGCGUCGAUAAAGAAAAGGAAGCAAUGGAGAAUCCUAAAAAAGAAGCACCGGAGAAGGACAAGCUGGACAGAGAUGUAAAUCAAAAGAAGCUUAGUGAAAAUGAGCUGGAGAAGGAAAGACUUCAGAGAGAGACGAUGGAGAAGGAAGUACAUGUGCGACUGGCGAAAGAACUGGAAAAGGAGAGGCAAGCGAAGCUAGCCGCCCAGCAGCAGUUGGAGAAGGAGAGAGCCGAAAAGGAGAGGAUAGAAAAAGAAGUCCAGGCACGAGUGGAGAAGGAACGACUGGAGCGGGAGAGAAAAGAGAAGCUCCUCAGAGAGCAAGAGCUUGAGAGAGCAGGCCUAAGCAAGAAGCGUCAGGAGGUAGACGAUGAAAUAAACGAGAGGGCAAAGAAAGAGCAGGAGGCGAAGGAGACCCGGGAGAGGCUGGCCCAGCUGCAGCGCGCCAUGGAAGCCAAAAACGCCGAGAAAAAGGCACGGGAGGCCGGGGGAGAAGACGGUGAAGCUUUGAAAAAAGGAGGAAGAGACCUCAAAGAAAAGGCUUCUGUUGAGGCGGACCCCAGAGAAGGCGUGGGGGAUGAGGCUGUCAGAGCCGAGACACGCCUCCAGGGCUCCCCCGAGAAGCUAAGGGAGCAGGGAGAGACGGAUCUGAAGCGCAGGAAGAGGGCCCUGGGACCCGGAGGAGCCGGAGGAGCCGCAGGGCCCUUGGAGGACUCUAGAGGAGCCAGAGGGGUCCCCGGACUGGAGCCCCUCCUGGAGUUGGGGGGUUCAGACCUGCAUGCUGCCCUGGAGCAGCAGCUGCUGGCUGCGGCAGUGGUCCACUCCAGGCAGAUUAAACAGGCCACAGAGGAGGAUGGAGCAAAAUAACCCGCUGUACAGCACAGACCCCACACCUGCACCUCCUAAUACACCACUGCCUUCCGUUCCUGCUUCAGAAACAUACCGUGUAUUCUAAAGUUGACCCAAAGUCUUCACUAGAGUAUGUAAAUAUUAACUUAUUUUUGCCUCUGAGAACAUCAUUUUGAAAAGGUCACUGUAAAUACAAAUAUAUCUAUGCAAUAUUCGACAUUCCUGACCAGGAAUAUCCUAUAUUAAUGUCCGAUGUGUUCAUGCUUUAGUCUUUUUGUUCACUUUGUGGGUUUCUCAUGUGUAAAUGCUGUAAACCCCUCAGUAAUCAGGAGUGAGUGAGUCUGUGUUGUCAGUCCCUGUUUUAUAUCUGCAGUUAGGUGGGGGGCUACGUUUACCUUCACCUGAGUCGUGUAUAUAUAAUGUAGCCUGAUAAAAUGGACUAUAGGUGGGCUUUUUUCAAAUCUGGACAGUCUAAUUAUUCAUAGACUUAUCCUUGCAGAUUUAUUGGUGCCUUUUCUUCUGUAGCCUGCAGUACAGACUAAAUGUGUGAUUUUUCUUUUUUUUUUCCCCACACUGUGUUCUCUUUUUUUCCCCUGGACAUUCAUUUUUCUACACAAUAAUAAGAGGGUGGUAAGAUUUACAUUUUAUGGUCUCGCCUGUGAGGAUCAUAUCAUUUCAACCUCUUAGACAUUUUUACAAGCAUAUUUUUCUAUGUGCAGUUUUCCUGCCCAAUUUGCUGAUAAAAAUCAAUAAACGACAUUUGACAACA